AUGGCCUUCCUGUUCCUUGGUCUCGUACUAUUGUCAGACCUGGCCUUUGGAAAGAUCAAUAGGCAGGAUAUUGUUAGCAAAUACAAUGUUAAGAGGGAAAGGUUAAUCGAUAAUAAUACCACCCCUUUACAAGUGGGAAAUGGUAAUUUCGCAUUCAAUGUUGACAACACGGGGAUGCAGACGAUCUUGCCUUUCAAUACACUGUCUAGUUGGGCGUGGCAUAAUGAUUCUCUGCCGACAAGCAAGGGAAAAAUUAGCGACUACCAUGGCGUAACAAUGAUCACGCACGGUAGAAAUGUCUCUUAUGAUAUCCCCGACCCCGAUCUCCCGGAAGUUUCGCAAUGGCUCAUUUCUAAUCCCAAUCGAAUUAACCUAGGUCGCAUUGGCCUCAGGUAUCAGGGAGCUACUUUGGCAGCUUCUCAGAUCACGAACGAGGUUCAAGAGCUCGACCUAUGGAACGGAGUUAUAACGUCUACGUUCGAUGUUUCCGGAGAGAGCGUCAAAGUUAUUACUCAAGGAGACUUCGAAUCUGAUGCGGUAACUUUCCAUGUCGAAUCACAGCUUCUAGCUUCGGGUGACCUAGAGAUUGAACUUGACUUCCCCUAUCCGCCAAUACACACUACGAAGUAUAAGUAUGAAGUUUUCGCUGGUGUAUACGACUUUCCUCUUAACCAUACUACUUCUAUUGUCAAGAACUGCAAAAUGGAUGAGGCACACAUAUAUCAUGAGCUACAAGAUACUAGUUAUUUUGUUAAUUUACGAUGGCCCGUCGGAAGCCCACUUAAUCUCUCUAGAGUCGAACCGCCUGGGUCAAAUACUCUCACCGCUCACCGCUAUACUCUGUCAGCAGCAUCUGAAACUCGCUCUCGAUCGAAUACUCUAGACUUCACUGCGCAUUUUUCUCCAGAUAAACGGAAAGCUGCACUUCCAUCGAAUAUCCAAAAAAGAAACCCCAGAGGGUGGAACCAGUACUGGGAGGAAGGCGGUUUCGUUGAUUUGACGUCUUCUUCGAAUACAAAAGCGGACGAGCUCCAACGACGUAUCAUCUUAUCCCAAUAUCAUGUUCGAGUGAACAGCGCAGCAACGGGCCAGUCACCACAAGAAAGUGGAUUGAUGAAUAAUGGGUGGUAUGGGAAGUUCCAUAUGGAAAUGGUCGUUUGGCAUAAUGCCCAUUGGUCAACGUGGGGCCGACAGAAGUAUUUUGAUAAUAUCUUCCCUGGAUUAUACGAGACCUUAUUACCUUCGUCGAUGGCGAGAGCAAAAUCAAUGGGAUGGGAAGGAGCUAGGUGGCCAAAGAUGACCGAAAUUGACACUGGAGUUAGCUCGCCGGGUGGCAUUAAUGGUCUACUCCUAUGGCAGCAGCCUCAUUCCAUGUAUAUGGCAGAACUAGCGUACCAAGCUUCCCCUAGACGAGAGACUUUGAAAAGAUGGGAUGCCAUUGUAAGCGCUGCUGCCGAUUACAUGGCUUCAUAUGCUUGGAAAAAUGAGAGCUCGGGGCGUUAUGACCUUGGCCCGCCCAGUUACGGAGUAACAGAGAACACGCCUCCAGCCGAAACGCUAAACCUAGCUUAUGAAAUCGCAUAUUGGAGGUACGGACUAGACGUUGCGCGCGAAUGGAAAAGAAGAUUAGGCCAAGGUAUUCCUGAAAAAUGGACAACCGUCGCGGAGAAUCUGGCUCACCCACCCCAAGUUGGUGGCCUAUAUGCUGUUUAUGAGGGUCUAAAUAGUUCCUGGUGGGAAAAUCCUAAACUGAACGGAGACCCUCGAAGCCUCAUUAUGCUUCAGGGUAUUCUUCCUGACACGCCGGCGGUUGACCCUGACGUUGCGCUCAAGACAGCGGAUAAGAUCUGGGAAGUAUGGACCGAUGACAAUAUCCGUGGCUGGGGCCGACCCGUGUUGGCAAUCAACUCUGCUAGAAUUGGGAAUCCCGAGCGUGCUAUCUAUCACAUGACAGCGUAUGACUAUUGGCUAUUCGAUGACGCAGGGUUUGCCGUGCGAGGAGGCGAUGGUGGCACCCCUCCUCCAUUUAUACCCGGUAACGCGGGAUUCCUUUAUGCAGUUGCGUAUAUGGCUGCCGGUUGGAAGGGAUCUACGCAGGAUGCUCCGGGUUUUCCCAAGGAUGGAACUUGGGUUGUUAAACAUGAAGGUUUACUAAAGGCGCUUUGAAACGCCAGAACGCCGACCUGAGCGAUGUCAUCCCCACUUCCCCAGCCCCACUUCGGGAGUCGGGACAGCCCGAGACAUAUGACGUAUGGGUUUUGGACUAACUACGUAGAGACACGUGACCUUUAUAUCUCGAGAUAGAAAUCGUAGUCUUUGGUACUUUAGUCGCAUUCGUUAACUCCAUAAAUACAAUAU